UCACUGGAUGCCCAGAUGCCUUAUGAAAGAAUUUGAUGCCAAUUAAUUGUCUCAUACCAAGAGUCAGAGUUAAGAGCCCCUUAUAAAAAGGCUUCCUAGUCCUGUGCUCCUCACAGCAUCUGUCUUCCCAAAGACUUAUUCCAGUCUGCAAAGAAGAUUCAGUACUCAAAGAAAACAAAAUGUGUGACCAGCAGAAGCAGCCACAGUUCCUGCCAUGUUGUGUGAAAGGCUCAGCUUUAGGGUCCAUUGAAACUGCUCAAGGCCCAGCUUCAAGCCAGGUAGAUGUUUCCUGUGAGUAUGGACCAGAGCCAUGCCAGUCUAAGUCUUCCUUUAUAAAAAGCACCUCUUCUUUCUUCCAGAAAGGACAGUCUAAGUGCGCUCCUGUGAAAUGCCCACCUCCAUGCCAGACUACCUAUGUGAAAUGCCCGCCUCCAUGCCAAACUACCUAUGUGAAAUGUGCACCUCCAUGCCAGACUACCUUUGUGAAAUGCCCAGCUCCAUGCCAGACUACCUUUGUCAAAUGUCCACCUCCAUGCCAGACUACAUAUGUGACAUGCCCACCUCCAUGCCAGACUACCUUUGUCAAGUGCUCACCACCUCCUUGUCAGACUACCUGUGUGAAAUGCCCUGCUCCAUGUCAGACUACCUCUGUGAAGUGCCCUGCUCCAUGUCAGACUACCUCUGUGAAGUGCCCAGCUCCAUGUCAGACUACCUGUGUGAAAUGCCCUGCUCCAUGCCAGACUACCUCUGUGCAAUGCCAAGCUCCAUGCCAGGUACAGACUCCAUGCCAAACGCAGACUUGCUAUGUCCAGAGUGCUUCUCCUUGCCAGACACAGACUUACUACGUGCAGACUCCCUCUGUCCAGUAUUUGGCACCAUCUUCCUACUAUACUUCCAGUUCCUAUGGAACCACUUGUUGCCCUGCAGCUCCAAUGAGCUUUGGGGUGAGGCCUCUGAGACGCUGGAUUCGUGGGCCCCAGUGCCGUGAAAACACUGGUUGUUGCGAGGAUUCUGGUUGUUGUAGCUCUUGCUGUUGCUCCUCUGGCUGUUGUGAAGGUGGAUGCUGCUGCUUGGGAAUCCUCCCCAUGAGAUCCCGAGGACCCGUCUGCUGUGCCAAUGAUGAUGACUGCUGCUGCUAGAAGAGCUGACCUUUAUCCAAUCUUCACUCCCCUUUCUUGCUGUGCCACUAUUCUCUACCAGUUAUUGCUUGCUCUUAAUCUCAGCCUCUCAAAGCCUACCUGGAGAUCCUGUAACCAUAAUAGGUGGGAGGAGGAAGGGGACCAGAAACUCCUAAUAUGUUCUCUGUGCUAUGCUUGCUUCUGUUAAAGGCUGCCUGCUGGAGAUAGAUCCAAAUCGCAAAACUUAAGUAACAAUAAAUCUAAGAAUGCAAUUUA